AUGGCAGACGAGGAUAUUACGAAGCUUCCGCUGGAAGAUCGCUUGACCCACAAGGUAAAACUUUGGCGCGCUCUGUUUCUCACGUACAGUGAAACGAAAACAUCUCCUUCGUUUCUUGUUCUGAAAUGACGAUAUUUUCGCCGUGUAGGUAUGGAAAGCGAGGCUAAGUGGUUACGAAGACCUAGUAAAACUCUACAAAAGGAUAGAUGAUGAAAGUAGCAAUGAAUUCAAUAAGUACUUGGGAAUGCUCAAGAAGUUUGUCAUUGAUAAUAAUGCAGUUGCUCAAGACAAGGGCCUUGAAGCCGUACUUGCAUUUUUGGAAGCCGCUUCGCCGUCGAUUUCUGGAAGGUUAGUUUCAAAUAUUUCUGCUCUUUGCACGAGGGUUAGCCCCACUAUUUCAGCAUUAGCAAAGAAUUAACGAUCAGAGGUAGGCGGUCCAUUCGAUUCGCGUUACAGUUUAAUUUUCGUAAUCCAGUCUACGUGGACCUUCUUAGGUAAUAUUACUGAGUGGACUGUGGUAGGUUUUUUGGUAUUGUACCUUUCAUCUUUGUUCUCUUGAACAAACCUCUUUUUUCAAACAGUGAGAAAUGUUGGCAGUUUGAACGUUUAUUUCUUUGGGGUGAACCUCAGUAGAAGGGGGGAGUAGAAGGAGUAACUGCACUCUAUUGACAAGGGAAAAGAGGAAAAUUUUGGGCUGUUUGGGUUUUUUUCUUUGCUAUUUUCAUUGCAUCAUUCACUUUCACUUUGUAGAGAAUACAUGUAGGUCAAUAACUACAUUGAUGGCUCUGUUCUCCACAGGGAGAUAAGCCAGAUACAUAUGUUAUAUUAUUGAGUUCACAGGAAAGUUGUGCUAGUACUGUUGCUAACUCCAUGUAUAUUAAAAUUAAAGGCAUAAAAUGUAAUUUUUGGUGUCAUAUUGCCCAAAAUACUUAGUAACUUGGGGAAUCCCUAGCAAGCCAGUGCUCUAAGGAAAAUUACAGGUGCCCAGUGCUCUUAACCUGUUAAUUCUAGGGUGUCCAGCAUGAUUAGUAUGAAAAAACUUAGAUUGUCUAGUCACCUAAGAGCAAAAGGUGGGUGCCGCAUGCCCCUGGGCUUUGCUAGAGCACAGCCCUGCCAAGGAGGCUCUUUACAUGUGAGGGGUACUUACCAUUUACAUGGGAAAACCUGGAAAUUCUGGUUGGAAAAUCAGAUGGUACGCACCAUUCCAUUUGGGAUGCCUCAGAAAAUAUGGUCUGUGAUUUGAGGGAAUGCAAUUUUUCCACUCUUUUUAGUCUCUUAAGCUGAUUUGGAUAUACUCUGUAGUGGGUCAUUAUCUUCCACCUUGUCAAGUUUUGUAGUUCUAUUUUUAUGUUCAAGAUUUCCACCAGGGUGGCUUGUGUAAAUGGCAAGCACUCCUCCUUUGACUUGAUGCAGUGAGCCAUUUUUUAUUCCUCCAACUCUAAACUUUGUCCAUAUUAUCAAGUUUCACAAAACCUAACUUAUUGAGAAUAUUCAUUUGAUUCCUUACUCACUUUCUUUGCUAAAGAAAUAGGAUAUGAAAGACACCCGUUUUAAUCUGUAUCAACUUCACUCUUUUUACAUGCGUUCAAUUGUUAUGUGUGUAGCUGUACAUUUACAUUUAGAGCUGUGCUCUCACGGCAGCCAGUGAUCCUUGAUGACUUCUUUUUCCCUUAAGUGACAAGGAAAUCUUAAUUUUUGCGUAAAACGUAUAACUCUGGGCACCCUAGAUUUGAUAGGUUCAGAGUUCUUUUCCUUCUUACAGGUUUCUUUUGGACAUAGUCUUAAUUUUACUUCUGUUUUUAAUGCAUGAACCCUUUAAGUCCCAACAGAUAAAAUCCAUUUUCUCCUAACUAUAUCCAUAAAUAAUAUUGUCAAGAGCAAAGUCUUCGAGAAUUAAUAAAAUGAUCUCAAAGAGAAAAAUCUUUGAUCUUUUAUCAAAUUAUCUCAACUGAUUCUGUAAGGAAAUGUAUGGAGAUCAGUUUGGAGAAUUUGUAUGUGGAUAUUGGGGCUUAAAAGGUUAAAGUGCAAUAGGCCAUUUCCGAGUGUAUCAUGUUCUUAAUUUUGACCAACAUGUUGAUUGUGAUGUAGGGUCGCUGGUGACAUCAUAGCUGGCGUAAUUACCAAGUGUCUUAAUGCCAGACCCAAGACUAAAGAAAAGGGAAUUGAGAUUAUUUUGAUGUACAUUGAGGUUGAGAAGCAAGAUGUUGUUCAGGUAAGAGAUAAAACAAUAGAAACCUUAAGAUCAAGAAGUCACAUGACCAGUGCCUUGUUGUCAGGUUUGUUGUUCGAGGGUUGCAUUUCUAGCUAUGUAUGAAGCUAUGCAAAAGUUCUCCUAGGGCUAGACCAUGCUCUAGAGGUAAUUGAUUUUCUGCCAAUUUUUUUGCCCUCCAAAACUCCACAAUCCCUGGUUUGAUAGAAAAUACUACUUUUAAGCACCCUCUUGGACUAUUUUUCUUUGAAACAUAAUUUUGAAGACGAUUUCUCAGUUAAAAUAGGGGUGAAGAAAUGAAUGAAAACUUGUAAACAUGGCAGCUGCGAGCUACUACCCGCUCAUCUUAAGUCCUACAUAUUGGCAGAUGGGUAACUUUAAACCGCGAACUCGCAAACCGGGGUUUGCUGUUUGCGGUAAGAUGGCCAAACCUUGAACAAUCCUUGAACUGACGAUGAAUGCUGACUUAUCUGCAACAUGUCUAUCCUCCAAUCACUUGAAACGUUUGUGAUUUCUAUGAAUGGUUUCAGUGGAAGUCAUAAUGUUAAUCCAUGCCUGCUUUUCUCAUUAGGAGGAAGUAUUAAAAGGACUCGACAAUAAACAGCCAAAAAUUGUUGCCGCUUGUACUAAUGUGCUUUGCCGAGCUAUC